CUCUAGAGAAGCAUUAAAUAGCCCAGCACAGAUGUGGGCUCGCAGUGCUCUGUGGGCAUUGCGUUUCCAUUGGGCACCUUCACAUCCCAUCCAGGUGGGACUGAAUCCCACUCUGGGACUUCAUAUGGCUGCGCCCCAGUGAGGAUGAGCCUGGAUGCUGUGAUGAAGGUGUCUCCAUGAGUACAAUCUUGCAGAUGACAGCGUUUGGUCUCACUCUCCUCUCAGCCCUAUUCCUCCUCCUUGCCACAUGCACUGACUGCUGGAUGGUGAAUGCUGAUGACAGCUUGGAGGUGAGUCACAAAUGCCGGGGGCUUUGGAGGGAAUGUGUCACCAACAUGCAGGAUGGGGUGAGGACCUGUGACCAGUAUGACUCCAUUUUGGCAGACCAUCCAGUGAAGAUCGUGGUGACACGAACGCUGCUGAUCACGGCGGACCUCCUGGUGGGCCUGGCUUUGGUUGCUUUGCUCCUUGGGCUCGACUGCAUCAAGUUCCUCAAGGAAGAACCUUGUGUCAAACUGAAGAUGUGCUAUGGGGCUGGUGUCAUCCUCGGCAUUGGGAGUAUCCUGGGUCUCGUGGGCUCUGUGUGGUAUGCAGUGGAUGUCUACGUGGAGAGGGCCAUGCUGGUGUCCCAUGAUCUCUUCCUGGGGGUCCACUAUGACUUUGGGUGGUCCUGCUGGCUGGGGAUGGCUGGCUCAACGAGCUGCUUCGUGGCAUCCGUUCUGCUCACGUGCUGCCUCCAUGCCCACACAGCCCCCAGCCACCCUCAGGGACCUCAGCACCGUGUUGUCACCAGCAAGAUGUACACCAUGAACUCCCGUGUGUGAUGGGCAGCAGCACCUCCCAAGGCCAACGACAGUCCCACCUCAGUAAUGCACCUCCACCUACAUGGGACAGCUCAGCAAUGUCAUGCAGUAAGAUAGAAUGCUGAAGCCUUGGGGAAUGGAAUCGUUUGAGUUGAAAGGGGCACUUCGAGGUCGUCUUUUCCAACUGCCCCGCAGUGGACAGAGUGCUUUAAGCUCCUGUUGUACCCUGCAGCUGUACCAGCAAUGCUUGUUGCUUCUGAGGGAGCAGCAAAUCAGCUCUCCACUCACUGCCACAUCGCUGCAGUAGAGGAAUUCAGCGAAAAGCCUCAUCUGCACAGAGCAACACUGACUCCACGUGGCUGCCGGGCCCGGCAGAGCAGCAGGCAGUGCGACACUGAAGCUGCUGGCCUGGAGCGGUUAUUCACAUGCCACUCCAUCCCUGCGUACAAAGCAGUCUGAAAAAUAACAGGUUCUCUUUCUGCAAAGCUGGGUGUUAAAGCCCACACGUAAAGGGUUAUUUUCCAAUGAUUAUCCUUCUUCACUCACAAACCACUUUGAAAACAACCAGAACCACAAACCAACACGCUCCCCAUUGCUGAGGUGGAUCUCCCCUGAUUUCGAGCUCAGCUUAUAGUCCAAAGGAAGGGAAAGGGAAAGCCUCGCGGCCCUGCAGUCACGGCGAGCUGCUGUCCAACAGCUCCGCGGUUCAAAGAACGGCUCUCUUACAGGAGGAACCCGCUGCUCCACUGGGCAGCUGGAAACGCUGAAAGGCAUUUAGAGAUAGAGCACAACCCAGACGCGUCGGGCUGCUAAUGGCUGGCGCUUGAGCACACAGGAAAGCAAUUAAGAAGAGCAAGCAUUAGCAUGAUAAAAGCAGAGCGCUCAUUAGCGGGUAGAAAGGGAAGCCACAGGUCGCACUCAGAGCUGUCCACGGUCAGACCCAGCGGGCGCAUUCAUUGUGCUCCUCCCGUACGGCUUUCGCACUGACUCACCUACGGAAGCAGCGCUUCCACGUGCUGAGCCAAGAGCAGCAGCGCUUUGCACCACCCCAGGUGAGGAGCGUUCCCCUCUCCCCCUCCCAAAAAGUUUUGGGAACAGUUUG